AACCACCUGGCCCACGAGGAGCUGUCGAUCGCGGUGGAGAUGCUGUCGGCCGUGGCUCUGCUGAACCAGGCCCUGGGGAGCCAUGACCUUGAGUCGGUGCAGAGCCAGCUGAGGAACCCUGCCGCAGGCUUCAACAACCUGGACGAGGCGCACGUGCAGCGGUACGCGAGCGAGCUGCUGUCGGUGAAGCUGGAAGCCGCGGCCCAAGGGCAGGAGAGCCUGAGCUGGAAUGAAAUCCAGAACUGCAUCGACAUGGUCAACGUCCAGAUCCAAGAAGAGGAAGCUCUGGUCGUGGCCGUCGGGCACAUCAAUGAGGCCAUCGACACAGGGAACCCUCUGAAGACCCUGGACGCCCUGCUGCUGCCGACUGCGAAGAUCAGAAACGUGGACCCCGACCACGCCCAGCACUACCAGGAUGUCCUGUACCAGGCCAAGUCGCAGAAGCUCAGGGAUGCCGAGAGCGUCUCCAAGGUGCUGUGGCUGGAUGAGAUACAGCAAGCCAUCGACGAGGCCAACUCGGACCAGGACAAAGCCAAGCAGUGGAUCACGCUGGUGGUCGACGUCAACCAGUGUUUGGAGGGGGUGCAGCCAAGUGACAUCUUGUCCGUCUUGAAGUCCUGCACGUGUCACCCGCACGACAUCCUGCCCGAGUGUGCUGACAGCUACCACAACUCCCUUGCGAAGGCAAAACAGCUCAAGUCUGAGCGAGUGUCUAGUGAAGGACCGUGGCUCAAAUUCCCCGUGAAGGAGGAUCAGGACUACUAUUACAACGUCGAUUCCAAGGCGGGCUCCUGGGUCACACCGGAGCCGUGCUUGACCAAGGACUCGUGGCUCACAGGACAAGAAAUCCAGGACAUCGUGGAGAAGGUCACGGAAGAACACAUCCGGGAGAAGAUGUGGUCGGCGUCCCACGAGUCGCUCCUCCGCUUUCAGAGCACGAGCUUCGGGCCCCGCCUCAGCCAAGAGUUUGAAGCCAGGAAAGCGUUUCUGAGCGAACAGGAAGGGAGUGCGGUCAAAAUCCAGGCCUUCUGGAAGGGACAGAAGCAGCGCCAGGCGUACACGCAGAGGCGACAGACAUUCGCCCGUAGCGUGGGUGAAAUCGUGAAGAUUCAGUCCUGGUUCCGGAUGGCGGCGGCGAGGAAGAGGUACCUCUCCCGGCUGCAGUAUUUCAGAGACCACAACAAUGAAAUCGUCAAGAUACAGUCACUGUUGAGAGCCAGCCGAGCCCGGGGUGACUACAAGACGCUAGUGGGCUCCGAGAACCCGCCGUUGACGGUCAUCCGCAAGUUCGUCCACCUGCUGGACCAGAGUGACCUGGACUUCCAGGAGGAGCUGGAGGUGGCACGGCUGCGGGAGGAGGUGGUGACCAAGAUCAGGGCCAACCAGCAGCUGGAGAAGGACCUCAACCUGAUGGACAUCAAGAUCGGCCUCCUGGUGAAGAACAGGAUCACACUGGAGGACGUCAUUUCGCACAGAACCAAGCUGAACAAGAAGAAGGGGGGAGAGACGGAGGUGCAGAAUAGCGUCGACAACCAGGGCAUCAAGAGCCUGAGUAAGGAGAGGAGGAAGACCCUGGAGGCCUACCAGCAGCUGUUCUACCUGCUACAG